AAGGGAGAAUUGUUUGAGAGCUCAGUCAUCCAAAAACGGCCUUUCAAUGCGAGAAGUUGGGGAGCCGAAGAAAAUGUCGGUGGCAUCGCAGUAAAUUAAAGCAGCGACGCUUUUUUAGAGGGAACAGAGAAGUUAAACUUUUUGUUUUUAAGGACUUAAAACUCAGAAGAGACGCGGAGUGAAGGACGGCUGUUGGAGGUCGAGGUCUGAGCACCAAAUACUGCAGUUUUAGGUUGUCGUGUAUGGAAGAUGUCUGGAAAGCGAGACUGGACUCCGUGGAUGAAAAAGAAAAGUGUUCCAGUAUUGUGCGCUCUGGGUGCAGUACUCCUGUGCUGUCUGCAGGGCGGCACCGCCCUCUCUGACGACGUUCCAGUGUUCUCGGAGGAGCCGGCCUCCGUGGUCCAGAAGCUGGGAGGAAGCGUGAGUCUGCGCUGCAGUGCUCGACCCGCCUCCGCAAACAUCAGCUGGCGUCUCAACGGCCAGCAGGUGGACGAUGGAGACUUCGGAAUCGUACUGCGGCCCAAGAGCCUGUUUAUCCCGACGCUAACCAACCUGACGCUGGGCCGAUACCAGUGUGUGGUCAGCACCGGUGCUGGAGCCCUGGCCAGCGUUCCUGCUAAUGUCACAGCUGCCAAACUGCGGGACUUCGAGCACGAUGACCAGCAGGAAAUUGAGGUCGAUGAAGGCAACACAGCUGUUAUUGAAUGUCACCUCCCGGAAAGUCAACCCAAGGCCCAGGUCCGCUACAGCGUCAAGCAGGAAUGGCUGGAGACGUCCAAAGGUAACUACCUCAUCAUGCCGUCAGGGAACCUGCAGAUUGCAAACGCCACUCAGGAGGACGAGGGUCCGUACAAGUGUGCCGCCUACAACCCUGUCACGCAGGAGGUCAAAACUUCCACUGCUGCCGACCGCCUGCGAAUACGCCGUUCCACAUCGGAGGCAGCUCGAAUCAUCUACCCGCCGGCGUCCCGCUCCAUCAUGGUGACCAAAGGUCAGCGGCUGGUGCUGGAGUGCGUGGCCAGCGGGAUCCCCACGCCUCACGUCACCUGGGCCAAGGACGGACAGGACAUCCGCUUCCACAACAACACGCGCUUCCUGCUCAGCAACCUGCUGAUCGACGCCGUGGCCGAGGGCGACUCAGGCACCUAUGUGUGCCGGGCCGACAACGGCAUGGGCUCUGCCAGCUCCGCCACCGUUCUGUACGACGUGCAAGUGUUUGAGCCCCCUCUAGUGACGGUGGAGCUGCAGCAGCAGGAAGUGGUGUACGGUGAGACGGUGCGCUUCUCCUGCCAGGCCCGUGGUAAACCCACCCCGUCUGUCAUGUGGCUGCACAACGCUCAGCCUCUCUCCCCGUCGCCUCGCCAUCGCGUGACCUCACGUGUGCUCCGGGUCUUCAACGUGGGCCCUCAGGACGAGGGUCUGUACCAGUGCAUGGCGGAGAACGGUGUGGGGAGCUCGCAGGCGUCCACUCGCCUCAUUGCCAUUUCAACUGGGACCUCCCCUCGUGGGAAGCUGCCCUCCAUGUAUCGACCUCUCAGCCCGGACAAGGUUCUGAAAGAGCAGCCUCCUGUGAGGCCUGGUGUCAUCGGUGCCAUGUUGCCUCUGGACUGCUCCUCACUGCCUGGGCAAAUCCUGCCAGCAGAGGCACCGGUCAUCCUCAGCCAGCCACGCACAGGCAAGGCCGACUACUACGAGCUGACGUGGCGACCCAAACACGAGCGAGGCGCCCCAGUUCUGGAGUACAUGGUGAAAUACAGAAAGGUGGGCGACCCUCUGGGUGAAUGGACUUCCAGCAGCAUCUCAGGCUCCCUCCACAAGCUCACACUGGCCAAACUGCAGCCUGACAGCCUGUAUGAGGUGGAGAUGGUGGCCAAGAACUGCGCCGGCCUGGGACAGCCUGCCAUGGUGACUUUCAGAACCGGCAAAGGGCGUAAAGGUAGUCCAGUUGAUCCGCCCAAAACCCCAGCAGUCCCAUCACCCAGCCUUUCUCCUCCCGAGGCGCCGGACAAGCCCACCGUCUCCACGGCGACGGAAACCUCUGCGUACGUGACCUGGAUCCCGCGCGGUAACCGUGGCUUUCCGAUCCAGUCAUUCCGGGUGGAGUACAAGAAGGUGAAGAAGGCGGGCGAGGACUGGGUGACGGCUGUGGAGAACAUCCACCCGUCACGUCUGUCGGUGGAGAUCACCGGCCUUGAGAAAGGAACCUCCUACAAGUUCAGGGUCGUGGCGGUCAAUGUGAUCGGAUCCAGUCCCCCCAGUGCGCCCUCCAAAGCCUACACGGUGGUGGGAGGCAGAACCCACGAGCGCCCGGUGGAUGGCCCUUACAUCACCUACAACGAAGCCAUCAAUGAGACCACCAUCAUCCUCAAGUGGACAUACACGCCGGUCAACAACACGCCCAUCUACGGCUUCUACAUCUACUACCGACCCACCGACAGUGACAACGACAGCGACUACAAAAAGGAUGUGGUGGACGGCGACCGCUACUGGCACUCCAUCACCGACCUGCAGCCGGAAACCGCUUACGACAUCAAGAUGCAGAGCUUCAACGAGAAAGGAGAGAGCGAGUUUGGAAACGUGGUCAUCCUGGAAACGAAAGCUCGUCCAGUCCACCAGCGGCCAGGACCGACACCCAUGCCAGAGGAUUUGAGCGGACAGUCCGGCGGUCUGAUCACUCGACCGGGCGACCUGCCGUACCUCAUCGUCUGCCUGGUCCUGGGAGGGUUUGUCUCCAUCAUUGUGGCCUUCAUCCCCUUCUGCCUGUGGAGAUCCUGGGCCAAGCAGAAGCAAACGUCAGACAUGCCUUUCCCGGCCGUGGCUGCUCCGAUGUCAUCCUGUCAGUACACCAUGGUCCCCCUUCAAGGGCGGCCGCUCCCCGGCCCCUGCCCUCUGGACCUGACGCCUCCGCAUGAAGCCUCCCUGGUUACCGGGGAGCACAAACCACUUGACUGCUCCACCUGCCGGCUGGUGCUGCAGCAGCGGGACUGUGACAUGGAGUGUGACGCGUUGCUGCCUCAGACUGUGGCCAACGGACAUCUGCCUGUUUUCCACUGCACCCCCAGCCCUGAGCGUCACCUUCAGACCUGUUGCUCUCCUGGAGACGAUUCCUCCCUCCAGCUCCUGGACUCUUUCCACCAACUGCCCCGUCCUCAGGAGCUCAGAGGGGAUUGCAGCUUCAGUGGAGGGAGCAAGCCGCUGGAUGUCCCGACAAGAUCAUGUUCUCUCCUGUCGAUAGAGGAUGAAGGGAUUUUCACCACCUCAUCGUCUGCAGCAACAACACCACAGUCCCAAGACACGAUACAGGAAGUGACCGUGCUCCCCAGUAUAGCGUCCAUGGAGGACAAAAGGACGGUUAACACAGCAGAUGCAUAGAACUGUCUUUUUUUUUGUUUGUUUUUUUUAAGGAAAGAGGAAAUAUUUAUUUUUGUAUCACAGAUAUUUAUAUAUUUAUGUGUUUGUACAUAGGUGUCUGUUUGAACUGUACAUACGCUGUGUGAAAAGAGACUAUCAAGACUUCCACCUCACUGAGUGUUAGACAGAAGAGAUGUUUGUCCUAAUGUGAAGAGAGAACCCGAGAUCCACCACGGCCCACUUCAGCACUUGAUGCGUUGAUGCUUCUCACCUCAUUCCUCACAGACAGCUUCACAGAAUGAGCCGCUCACAACGGUGCCACGCGGAGCUUCUGUCACUGGCGAGCUCACGCUGUUCAGCGAUGACACAUGUAUUGAUUGUUCCGUUCUUUACGGACCAUUGAUAACUGUAUGCAACAUUUUCUUCUAGUAAUGUUCAAGAGAUUCUAUGUGUAUAUAAAUAUAUUGUAUAGUUAUUUAUUUUGGAUAUUUUUUUUAUCACUGAAUGGGAGAGAUUCUGGAAAAUAUCUUUUACUCAGUCAUGGAUAAGCUGAACUUUAAUUCUCCUACCAAUUCUGUGUUUACACGUUUGCUGGUUACCAAAUGACUGCCAGAUGGGGGCGCUGUGACGGGCGUGUCAGUAUUAUGUUUUACCCCUCUGGCGGCUCACUUUUAAAAGUAUUAGUCCACACGAGACGUUUGCCAUCGAAAUGAAGGAGAUCCUGAAUCCAAACUCCCGCUUCCUCCCCACCCCCCAAGUGUGGCCGGUCUGUGGCCGCACACGCUGGAGCACUAUUGCAUGUAAAUAAAAGCUUAUA